UCGAGACAAAACAUCCCCUGAAGGUAAAUUUUAGGGCUAGGUUUGGUGGGGUUAUAGGUUGUGAAAAAUUCAAUUUUAUGAAUUUCAGUUUAUGUCAAGGUCAAACUGUUGGUUAGGGAUAAAAAAGCAGAAAUUACUUUACCCACUAUUGAUCUGGAUCAAUACUGCUUAUCUCUAUCAGUAUACUAUUAGUGCAGUGCAAUACUGGUUCAAUACUACUUAUCUAUUGUAGAAUAUAGCUGACAUAUGUAUGUGUAUGUCAUAUCUACCUUUAGUACAGGAUUUUAGAAGAUCCAACAUUUAGUAGGGCCAAACCUUAACUGGUCACGAAAGGUUAACCUUGAAGAUGACUAACUAGGAUAUGGUUUGACCAAAUGUCAUUGCAUUUUCUUUUGUAAGUUUUAAGAGUUAUAAAUUUUAGAUAGCAGCAAGAAUUUAAGCAUUUAAAAUGUCACAAAAAAGUGUACAAUUUAGAAAUUAGACCUAAAUCAUGAUAAACACUCUUUAUAAACUUGACCUUUAUAAACAUAACCAUUUACAACAUAAUAUAUGGUUAUAUCUUAUGGUUUUAGAUUUUCUAUAGAACGUCAGCAAUUUAAAGAAUGGCUGUUAAUGGCUACUUUAUAAGUGACAAAGAGCUGGAAUGCUCUAUUUGUUUGGCAUUAUGGAUAGAGAAUGAUCCAAGAAUACUGCCUUGUCAACAUACUUUUUGUUUAAUUGUUUGAAUAAUUUGCCCAGUGAACCAUGGAAAAUAACUUGUCCAGAAUGUAGAGGAGAGCAUUUUCUAGAUAAAAAUCAUGUUGGCAGUUUGCCAAAAAAUCGAAUGCAAUAUGCAUUACAAAAACAUUUAGCGUUGCCACUUGUUGAUGAAGAUUACACUUUAACCAAACAACAAUUGGAAUGGGAACAAAAAUUCUACAAACAGCAACAGCAACAGCAAAAGCUACAAUAUCAAACAUUGGAAAAACUCCAACAAGAACAAGAACAAGAAUUGAGGCAACUACAAAUAUCUCUAAAACAACAUCAAGCUGAACAAAAAUUGCAGCUGAACCAAUUGAAAGAAUUGAAGCAACAACUACAACAACAAACCAAAAAAAACGAACUACUAGAACAACAAAAGGAGCAACUGGAACUGGAACUGGAAAAACAGAAACGACAACAGGAAAAAAAACUUUCUUCUGAGAAUAUUGUUCAACCUCUGCCAAAAAAUAUCAAUUUGAAGGUAGAACAUCUUUCAAUAACAAAAAUGAAUUGCUCAGAGCCAUAUCAACAACCAACUAUUCCUAAGCAGAGUGAUAAAUUGUCUUCAAAUGUUCAAUUUAAUCAAUCAAAUGCAAGAGAAGUUCCCCUUAGAAGAAGUGUUUCAGACAUUAUCAACUCUUUUGGAGGACAGAAAAAAUGCAAAGAACCUUCUGCACUACAUUCUGUGGCAUUCUUCAGUUCACCUGAUUCAUCCAGAAGAGGGCUUCCAACUAAACCAAAGAUGACUUCACCAACAGCUAAUAAAAGGCAAAUUACUCAACCAAUAUGUCAGCAUCCCAACUUACUGACCCAAAUUCAUCAAGUAAAACUGAAAUUGAAGUCAACAAUUGAUUCUAAAAUACAAACAGAGUAUGGUCAAAAUAAUUCGAAUACAGCAAUGUCUUCUGCUGAGAACAUUGCCCAACCACUGUCAAAAAAACCUUCUCCUCCACCAAAGCCUUAAUACUUAAACACAUUAAACUGAUUGAUGAAAACUAAAUACAAAAUGAGCCUUAUAAUAAUCAAUUUUUUUUGAUUUUUUUGAAAAUGAUUCAAUGGUUUAUGACUCUAUGAAGAGUUUGUUCAAAUAAAAAAAUUAUUAAAACCGAGAGAUUUAUUGCUAACAAUAAAGAUACAAAUUUUAUUGAUUCUGAUAAAAGAGUACUGGUGAAGAAG